AUGGGAAGUCAGAAGACGACAACCUUAAUAAAUUCAAAACCAAUCCGGCAGUUUAAUACCGUCAAAGAGACAAAGACCCGGACGACUCACGAUGAAAACGAGGACAUUGAUUUAGAAGAGAUAUCCAAAGAGCGAAAGCGCAACAAUCGACAGAACGCCAACAGAAAUGACUACGGAAAUGAAGGCUUUUUGUUGAUGAUGUUAUACUACUUGGGGUGUUACAUCACACUUUUAAAACCACAAAAAGCCGGACGGAACCAGAAGCUUAAAAUCGUUGAAAUUGGAUAUGAAGAGAACGUCCUGGUGAGUCGAAAACAAGUCGAAGAGGAAGUCGACAAAAUCGAGUUUCCAGAAGGCACCAACACCAAGCGGGCAAAAACUAUUAUCACCACAACAACUAUCAGCAACAUGCUCCUCGACAUUUUGAAGAAGUGCUUCGGUUUUAUCUUAACGGAGGACGUCAAGAAAAAACCCGAGAAGGACUUUGUCCCAGAACGCCGCAUUCUUGAGAAUAUUCAGCUUGAGAAAAACUGGACUAAAAAGGAGAUUGUUAAUGAGGGCGUUGAGUUCUAUGAAAAUGUCAAGAUUUAUGGCAAAAACACAGACUUCAUCUAUUUGAAAAAGGAAAUAAUCGACGAGGCUCUUUAUAAUGGUCUUGUCCCACAGGCUGCUUUUGACCCAAGUCAGACAAGUACUGGGUCUAGAAUUAGUUAUGUAUCAUCAACGGAUGACUAA